AAAGACAGCAUUUUUAUGACGAUCGGAUCUUCACCUACCGUUGACAUCAUGCCGGACUACAAGGUGUACUACUUCAACGUGAAAGCUUUGGGCGAACCGCUGCGAUUCCUGCUGUCCUACGGAAACCUUCCAUUCGACGAUGUGAGGAUCACGCGCGAAGAAUGGCCAGCACUCAAGCCAACAAUGCCGAUGGGUCAGAUGCCGGUGCUGGAGGUUGACGGCAAAAAAGUGCACCAAUCGGUCGCAAUGUCCCGGUAUUUGGCCAACCAGGUCGGUUUGGCCGGCGCUGACGAUUGGGAGAACUUGAUGAUUGACACCGUGGUCGACACGGUGAACGAUUUCCGCCUAAAGAUUGCCGUUGUCUCGUACGAACCGGACGAUGAUAUCAAGGAGAAAAAAUUGGUCACUUUGAACAACGAGGUCAUUCCAUUCUACCUGGAGAAGUUGGACGACAUUGCACGCGAAAAUAAUGGAUACCUGGCCAACUCGAAACUGAGUUGGGCCGACAUUUAUUUUACCGCCAUUUUGGACUAUUUGAACUACAUGACCAAGUCCGAUCUGGUCGCGAACCAUGCGAAUCUGCAGAGAGUGGUUGACAACGUCACGUCGAUCGAUUCGAUCCGCAGCUGGAUCGAUAAACGGCCCAAGACUGAGAUCUCAAUGCCCAUGGGCCAGAUGCCGGUGUUGGAGGUCGAUGGUAAGCGUGUGCAUCAGUCGUUGGCCAUGUGUCGAUAUGUAGCGAAGCAGAUCAAUCUGGCCGGCGACAAUCCGUUGGAAGCGCUGCAAAUCGAUGCCAUUGUCGAUACGAUCAAUGACUUCCGUCUAAAAAUUGCGAUCGUAGCCUACGAGCCGGACGACAUGGUGAAGGAGAAGAAAAUGGUCACCCUGAACAACGAGGUGAUUCCCUUCUAUCUGACCAAGCUGAACGUGAUCGCUAAGGAGAACAAUGGCCACCUGGUGCUCGGCAAACCGACCUGGGCGGACGUGUACUUUGCCGGCAUCCUAGACUAUCUGAACUACCUGACCAAGACCAAUCUGCUCGAGAACUUCCCGAACCUGCAGGAUGUGGUCAACAAGGUGCUCGACAAUGAAAACGUUAAGGCUUACAUCGCGAAGAGACCGAUCACCGAGGUGUAAAGCGAGCGCAAUGGAGUGUUUUGGCUACAAACUUCCUCUUCGGUUCCAACCCGGUUGGUUGGUUCCGCUUGUUUCGGACAUCCAAGCAAUAGAUGUUUUGGCUAGCUGGUUGCAACGUAAUGCACUCGUUGAUGAGGCUAGGAAUAAUUUUUGAAGGAUACGCUUUUUAAGCCAUGAAUAAACCGUCACAUUUAUUCGCGAUUUCAUUUCAUGCAUCCGUUCACACAGAACAUCAUAAAUCUUAAUAACUGUGUUUCUAGCAUACACGCCCUAAGCUAAGCUUGAUUAUGGAUAAGUAUGACAAUAAAUUCGGAUGGUCGAGAUGACAA